AUGGCGGAGAAGAAAGAGACAGAUUUUCCUUUAAGAGUUUUCACUGUUGCGUUAGGGUUUAAUGACGGUGGUUCAUCUUCUCCAUGGCGGAAACCCAGUAACAUCAAUGGGCAAAAGGAAGAUGAGUCUUUGGAGCUCAUGUGUUGCUGCAGGCAUGCCACGUCAUCGGUCGGUUCUCGUUUGUAUGUGUAUGGUGGUCUUAGGGAAGUUGGUGGCGGUUGCAGGGGUAACAGUGGUGGUAGUGGUAGAGGUGGUUGUGGUGGCAGGGGUAGUGGUGGUGGUGGGAGUGGUUGUGUUGGUAGUAAUAGUGGCAAAAAUAGCAGUAGCAGUGGUGGCGGAGGUGGUGAUGAGUAG